UAUUACCGGUUGGUGCAGCGAAAUUUAGUGAGCAUUUUUAGUGUUUUUGGAACGAUUAGCUUGUUUCUAUCAGCAGCGUACCAACUUCCGCAAUGGCACCAACUGUUCUGAAAGGCAAAAACUACGCAUUACUCGUUGGUGGAAUCGUGGGCUUCAUUGCGCUGGCAUGCUAUCCCAUCAUCGUACACCCGAUGCUGUAUCCUGAGGAAUACAAAAAAGUACAACAAAUGAACCGGGCUGGUAUCAAACAAGACGAAAUCCAACCAGGAAAUAUGCGGGUUUGGAGUGAUCCCUUCAAGCCGAGAGAAGAUAUCAAACGAUAAGCAGGACCCUAGCGCGAGUAAAGGGUUCUGUUACGUUUAUGUGAAUUUGGUAUAAGUAGUAACGUUUGUGAGGUUCCGUAUAUCCUAGAGUUGUAUUGUAACAUGUAAAAAAUAAUAUGACUUAAAUGU